AUGCAUACUCAAGCCAUUAUCCUCGCGGCCCUGCCUCUCAUGGCUCACGCCGUCGAAAUCAUCCAAUUCGCAAUCUUUGAAGAUACUACCCCCAAUACGGAGUGCAACCUUGACCUUGACGGCGCCUACUUCAUGUGCAGCGACAUUCCCGCUGAAACCUGCUGCGCGAAUUUCUGGCCGACUACAACUUCUAUUCUAGGUCGCGGUCUCAACAACGACCAGACUGAUGGCCGCGAUCCAGACUCCUUCGCCGUGUUCAAUGGCGAGGGCGGAGACCCCUGUGCCGUAACUACAAAGAGUUACUGUGGUGGCGGCGGUGGAUUUGAGAACUUCUGCUGGGCUACUGGUGAGGGUGAAGGAGGAUGUGGUUCGAAGCAGACCGGAGGUUCGCUGUGGCACAGUGGUGAUGAACACCUGAAUGGGAGGUUCGCGAAGAGGGCUGUGGGUGCUGUAAACCCCAACGUUGCCGGCUUCUGGGACGCAGCUGCGGGAAGGCAUCGCCAGUUCAAGAUUGGGGGUGGCGUACCUGCUAAUGUUACCGCUGUGCUUGUCGAAGCCGUGAAAGGGAAUGUUGAGUAUGGUAGUUUGAGUGAGGUAGUAAAGACUUUUGAGAUUAAUUAA